CGGUCCGGAAAGGAAAACAUGGACGAAAUAGAUAACAUCAUAUUUCAUUCGCUAAAACAAAUUGAGUGUAACCUGGAUGAAGAGAUAACAGGUUUGACCGAUUUGGAUCCCUCAUUAUUGGUGAAAGUGGUAUCGAAAUGCAUCUCGUUAAUCGAGCCGAGUUUGGAUCCACCGAAAAAAUUGCCACCUGGGAUGGCACAAAGGUUUACCGUAACAGCCAGCUUGGCCGAAGCAUGUCGGUCCGUUGGCUACAGACGAGACAUUGGUUAUCAAACCUUUCUCUAUCCGAAUGUAACGGAAGUGCGCCGGAUGUUGAUGUUCCUUAUUGAGCGGCUACCAAAAGAAACGAGCGGGUCGGGAACCGCUUCUGGUGAACCACUGGAUGGUACUAGUAAGCAAGAGCAGCGUAUUCUGGCCAAUUUGCAAAACCAGCUGCAUGCUCCUUGGAUGCCGGAAUUUUGCAGAUUAGGAGCAAUGGAAAACACAUCGAGUGGUACCAGUGAGACAGGCGGAAUGUCCUCUCAAGCUCAGAUUGCUUUCCGCCGUUUUCUACCGAGGAAAGUGACUGUCCCAUUUGUAACGCAGAGUGAUGUAGUUUCUGAAAUCAAAGAAUUUUGGGCGCGAAUGCCAUUGGAUGGACUAGACAAAGACAGUUUAGUGCCGUCGAUGAUUGCCGCGAACGAUGGAGCCCUCAAGUCUAGUACAAGCAGCAUCGAUGAAGUUGAUCGUCAAUCUGUUGGUCAGGCAAUGCGUUCUAGCAAAUUGUUAGCCUUUCAUGCCGAAUCUGCAGGAGAAGAUAGUAUGAGACUACGGUCACCGAUUGAAGAUCCGUCACUUGGAAAUAGUCCUUUAAAAUCAAAUGAAUCCAAGCCUGUCUAUAUCAGCAAAUCUCCUCUGGAAACCCUUCAAGAAGAAAUCGAAGUUAUUAGGAUCGAAAUCGAUCGGGAAGCUCAGCAAAAUGUUGAACUGGAGGAUAACCAUAAGCAGCUGGAAGAAACUUUGCAACUCUAUCUUGAAGAAACGAAAAAACUGAAAGAUGAAAAACGUUUAAAAGAACGAACUCACAUUCUGCUCGAAGAUCCCGAAGUUAAUUUGAAAAAGUUAGAGUCAAUUAUAGCCGCGGGUGGCGAUCGAAUGCGAAAACUGCAGGAUCAGUGGGACACGCAUCGGAUUCCGCUAGUCGAAACAUUGGAAGCUCAUCGGGUUAAAAAUAGUGAUAAAUUUUCUAAAUCUCAACAAGUUCAAAACCAAAUUGAUGCCACACGACAAAAAUGCGAAGAAGUCGUGUCAGAUCUUCAGUCAAAAAGCGCCCUCCACGCGCGACUUCAACAAGAGUUUGAAAAACUUAACAAAACAGUUAGCCGAAACGCGUACACUAGUCGAAUAUUGGAAAUUAUUGGCAACAUUCGUAAACAGAAAACUGAUAUAGAUAACAUUCUGCAAGAUACGCGAACACUGCAAAAAGACAUCAACAACAUUACUGGCCAGCUGGACCGCCAGUUUACGGUGACCGAUGAUUUGAUUUUUCGCAACGCCAAACGCGACGAACAUUCCAAGCGAGCUUACAAACUGUUGGUCACACUGCACUCCGACUGUGCGGAAUUGAUUGGUUUGGUUCAGGAAACUGGUUCCAUUAAGCGGGAAAUUCGCGACAUAGAGGAUCAAAUUGAGAACGAAAAGAGCCGAAAUACGGCAGCUAAUUUGGAACAGAUUACCCGAGAUUUGGCUGAAAUGCAACAGGAAAGCGAACGACUGGAAGCCACUUUAAAAAAUCUAGAACGCCAUUAGUGAGCAAAUGCAAUAACUAUCGCGCUGACUAGUUAUCUUUACUCAAAAUACGCAAAUAUGCGUAAAAGUUUUAAAAGCACUAAACAAGCAUGGAAAGAUGUGAUUAGGACCAUACAAAAAAUAACACAUAGUGGAUCUUAGAUUAAGCACUAGUUUGUUUCAACAAGAAGGCUAGAAUUUCGGUAAUUACAAAGUGUCCCUUUGAUUAAGCUUUAUUCCGUUCGUA